GACAAUGUCUAUAGAAAAUCUAGUCGGUCUAUACCAAUCGAAAUAUUAAUAGACCGACUUGUCUAUAGGAAUUCUGAGUAAGAAACUGGUUCCCUGCUUGUCUCUAAUAAACAAACCACAAAAAGGAGGACCAGUUUAAAUAAAACGUCUGUAUUACACUGAUGUAUUCCGUUCACCCCUUAGUUAUAAUAGUUUGUUCCACGAUGUAUGCAGAAAUAAUUCGAAUCGGAAUAUUUUAUUUUUAACAUGAGGGGAGGUUAAGUUGUGAUUACUUAAUGGCCGCGGACACCAAAACAGUGCAGAAGAAACAUGUCCUUCUUCGACCGUUUAAAGUAUGUUGAGGGUGCACGCCCGGGAAUUAUUAUUAAGCGGAAGGUAGCGAAGACAGCGAGUUCCAGCAAGACAGAAAAAGAUGCUGAGUAUGACAAAGUAAAGCGUAGUAGAAGCUUUCAAGAGCAUUGGAAAAAUGGCCGGCCCUGGUUAGAAUACGAAGAAACAGAAGGUAAAAUGAGUUGUUCGUAUUGUCGUGAACAUUGGGGAGAAAAACUAGACUCGUUAAAUGUACAAGCAAAGUUAUGGAUUUCUGGAACGAGCAAUUUUAAGGUGGAUUCUCUUAAGACACACGAAGGGUAAAAAUUUCACGUCGACAGUAGUAAGGCUGCCCAGAAAAAAAACAGCAACCAACCCUCUCCAGCUUCCGUCGCCAUUAGACAGCUUAAUGCUACGCAGCUUUACAAACUGAACAUUAGAUUCCGAAAUGUACACGCCGUUUCCAAGUUAGAUAAGUCCUUUAAGGAUUAUGUGUGGCUGUGCAAAUUAGAUAAGGCCAAGGGCCUUGAUAUUGGUAACACUUAUGAAAAUGAUAAGGCAGGACGGACGUUUGCGCGGUACAUUGCAAAAGUAGAAUCGGACAAAACUGUACAAAUUUUGAACUAUGCAGACUUCUGUUCUAUUACAAUUGACGGAGCCACAGAUUCGGGUGGAAUGGAACAAGAGUCGUUGUAUGUUCACACAUGUGUUGACGGAGUAAAACAGCAACGGUUUCUUCAAUUUUUAAAUCCGAAGUCUACGUCAUCUCAGGAUAUCUACCAGUCCAUCAUUGACUGCCUUGAAGAGUUUAAAAUAAACCCGAAAAAGGUCAUAGGAAUCACCACAGAUGGAGCAUCAAAUAUGAUGGGCAUUCGUAAUGGUGUAUGUACACUGAUGAAAACCAUAUCCCCAGAUAUUAUUCCUAUCCAUUGUCUAGCCCACAGACUGGAACUGGGUAUCAAAGACGCUGUAAAGCACACCAUGAGUAAAUCUUACGACCGAGCUAUGACACUGCUGAUUGGACUCUAUUAUUUCUACAGCAAAAGCCCAAAGCAGAAGAAAGAACUGAAGAGUAUGUUUGAAGUCCUGGAUAUGACAUGUGCGAUUCCUACCAGAGUUGGCGGUACGAGAUGGGUCCCUCAUACCGUCAAAGCCAUUAAUAUCUUCAGGAGGAGCUAUGCAGCUAUCACUUCCCAGCUUGACAACGCAUCGCAUAAGAACCCAAAGGCCGAAGGAUUGGCAAAAUUGGCCCAUGAUGCCAAUGUUGUUGCAUAUUUACUUAUGCUGAAGGAUAUCCUUGCACCGGUUACCAAGCUGUCGUUAUAUUUGCAACGAGAAGACACCACACUUGGGGAUGCACUGGUUAUGGUGGAUUCGACAUUAGACCUUCUCUCACCCGAAAGCAUCAUGUUUUGGAAAAGCAGAAAUUGGUAUGUUGAUUGACCACUUCAAGCUGCAUUUGACAGAGGAAAAAGAAGAGGCUAUUCGAGAGUGGCAAUUGUUAAAGUCUCUCAUGUAUCAGAGGUAUGGUAGAGAAAUUCCCACUCUGAAGUGGAGAGCUGUGCAUGCUGCAUUUAAGAACCAUGGAGUCUCCAAUAUCCUGAGUUUGGCAGACCUAGUGCUGAGCCUCCCCCCUACAUCUGUGUUUAAUGAGCGAUCUUUUUCGCACAUGAAACUCAUCAAAAGUGACAAGAGAUCCAGAAUGUCAUCCCAAACACUGUCUGAGAUCAUGACCAUAAAGACAGAGUCACCAAACAUUCAGGAAUUCAAUCCUGCUGAUGCCAUAUCCCUCUGGAUGGCCACACCCUCAGGAAGCCUGAUUUUGACCGUCAAACCAAACGACAGAAAGGAAAUCUGGUGACAGGUCAGGUGGCAGAGACAGGUCAGAUGGCAGAGACAGGUCAGGUGGCAGAGACAGGUCAGGUAGCAGAGACAGGUCAGGUGGCAGAGACAGGUCAGGUAGCAGAGACAGGUCAGGUGGCAGAGACAGAGACUAUGAUUGAGAUGGAACCUGAGCUUAUUGAGACAGAAUCCAUGGAACCAGAAAGUGAUUCAGACAGUAAACCUGAACAAAAUGAAAAAGAAAAUGAAAUGUUGAUUAAUAAGUUGGUCUAUGAGAUUGAAAGAGAAUAUAAUUAAACUAUGUAUGAACAAGUUUUCAUGUAUUAUUUAUUUUAAUUUCAAUAUUUUAGCAUUGAAUGUAGUAUUCUAAAUUUCGGUCCAUAGGAAGUUGCUGCGGUCUAUAGAAAAUGAAAUGUCUAUGGACCGAAAGUCUAUAGGACUUUGAAGUUAGUUUCGCACACU